UGGCGCCAUUCAUUAAUAUUAUUCGUAUUUUCUGCCCACGAGAUGGACUUGCGAGGAAAAAAGCUUUGGCUGGCGUGAUGGAGAUCCAGCGGGAGAAUAAGAGCAUAUUACUCUUAGGGGGCGCACAUCCAUGUCGCAGAAGAUAAUUUGCAUUUUCUUUUGUAUUUGCGUGUUGGCUCUUGUUGUGCGUGUUGUGACGCGAGAGAUCCAACCCUUUCCAUUCGUUGCUAUACUACGUCCUGCUUCGGACUGGACUUUUGACAGAGAAUUUUUGUCAGUCUCAUAGUCGAAUCUAAAAUAUCUCUCUUUCAAUCAUGGCUGAAAGAAACCCUGACCACACCGUGAUAACGUUAAACGACCAGCCGACUCAAGGUGUUGCAUGGUCCUCGUCCUCAAGUGACCGUGCAACCCCCGACGAGAAAUCCGAAGUCCUGCCCAGCGACACCGAGAUCAGCGCCUCUCAGACAAAGGAGGCUGAGGCUGCAGCGGUAGCGAAUAUCAAUAAUGCCAUUCCAAAUGGCGGAUUGCAAGCGUGGCUCCAAGUACUUGGGGCCUUCUUUCUGUUCUUCAACUCCUGGGGCAUCAUCAACACUUUUGGCGCGUUCGAAUCUUACUACCAAAGCACAACCCUCAAGGGUUAUUCCUCGGGAACCAUAUCCUGGAUUGGCACCGUGCAAGGGUUCCUGCUGGUUGCUGGUGGGAUCGUAACCGGCCCGCUCUAUGACCGUGGUUAUCUCCGCCACCUUCUCAUCGGUGGAAAUUUCUUAGUCUCAUUUGGCAUGAUGAUGACUAGCUUGGGCAAGAAUUACUGGGAAAUCUUUCUGGCGCAGGCGCUGUGUGUCGGUAUUGGAGCAGCGUGUUUAUUCGUACCCAGCGUGGCGAUUGUGGCCACCUAUUUCAGUACCAAGCGAGCGGUAGCAAUUGGUAUCUCGGCUGCGGGCGGUAGCGUUGGCGGUGUCAUCUACCCCAUCGUUUUUCGACGGUUGACGCCAGAGAUUGGCGCUCCCUGGGCGACAAGAAUUAUUGGAUUUAUUGCUUUUGCCACCCUUUGCAUUUCGACCGUUGUCAUGAAGCCUCGGAUCCUUCCCAGCGGACCGCGGGCUUUGCUUGAUCUUCCCGCGUUCAAAGAGGCCCCCUUCACCUUUUUUAGUAUUGGUCUCUUUUGUUGUUUCAUGGGCAUCUAUAUCCCCUUCUUUGAUAUUCCCAUUUUUGGUGCUGUCAAGAUCGGCACUUCGGUCGAUUUUUCAUUUUAUCUCCUCUCGAUCAUGAAUGCAGCCUCUGCACUCGGACGUAUUAUUCCGAACCUCAUCGCCGACCGAUUAGGUUACCUGAAUGUCUUGAUACCCUUUUCCGUCGCUUCCGCCAUUGUCGCGCUAGCAUGGAUUCGGAUUGACAAUGACCCGGGCACUAUUGUUUUUUCAGCGCUAUUUGGAUUCCUUUCGGGUGCCAUUGUUUCGUUGCCUCCGACCGUUGCAGCUUCAUUGUCCCCUGACCUGAAAAAGGUCGGUACUCGCAUGGGUAUGUGCUUCUGCUUUGCUGCGCUUGGUCUGCUGAUCGGCAAUCCUAUCGGCGAUGUUCUUCUCAACAUCCCAGAAAAGAAAUUUUACGGCGCGCAAGCUUUCUCUGGGUCGAUGAUUCUUGGUGGAGCUGGCUUCUACAUUAUUGCACGGCUGUUUAGGCGGAGGGAGUACGAACACUGGAAGGCUUGAAGAUGAUUAAUAUGGAUACCCAAUAAUGUCCGGCUUCCAAUUGCUGGCUUUCUCUUUCAAGAUAUUACUUUCUUACUUAUGUACACAUUCUUAGUCGACCAGAAAGGGUAAAAUUGGCUUAAACGCAAACUGUCUUCAGCACCUAUCAUGAAGAAUCUGAUCUAAUGUAUAUAGAGAUUACAAAUGAAAGUGGCUCCAAGGGAGGGGCGAGAAUCUUUCUA